CUGUUAUUCAAACACUUUUCAAAAAUCUUCCCAAAUACAUGAAUAGGAGUUCCUUGAGCAGUGCUUCAAACUGUUCGACCAAAACAGGCAAGAUUGCUUGGAACAGGAAAAUUGGGUGGAGUUUCUCAAACAGCGCCUAACUAACGAAAAGCAUGUGGACUUCGUGGAGCAACUGGAGAGCGUCGCUUUCUGUUUAUGUGGUGAAAGACCAAUUUAUAUAGAGCAGUUUUACCAAAUAUUUUAUACAAAAGGGAUAAUAGAAAAAUUAUUCAGGCUAGUGGAUAGUGACAGCUUAGGAACAGUUUCCUCCGAUACCAUUAUGGAGUUCCUAGCUACUAUCACGAAUACAAUGCCACGUACAGGAUUCGAUAAGGGUAGCAUCGAUAGAUUAGAACAGCUGUUUAGGCAGACCGUAGGAAAUGGAAAGGAAAUCAAGAGGCAAGACUUCAAAAAAAUCGUUACCUCAAAGAAUCCGUUUUUUACAGAUAGGGUUUUCGAAAUAUUCGAUAAGGAUAACUCAGGCACAAUAUCCCUACAAGAAUUUCUGGAUGCCAUGCACCAGUUUGCUGGUCAAACAACGGAAGAUAAAAUUAGGUUCCUUUUCAAGGUCUAUGAUCUUGAUGGUGAUGGUCUGAUCCAGCACAAAGAACUGCAACAUGUGAUGCGAGCUUGUAUGGAGGAAAACGGUAUGCAGUUUAGUGAAGAUCAAAUUGACGAUUUAACAAUGGCGCUAUUCGAAGACGCAGACGCCAAUAAUAGAGGUGCCAUUACUUAUGAGGCAUUAAAAAAGCAAUUGGAGAAGCAUGGAGGGUUAUUGGAGAAUCUGUCCAUCAGUAUUGAUCGUUGGUUGGUACCACCUAAGCAAGAGUGUAAAGCGACUCCGAUUAUCAAGAGGUUUUUAUCCUACAAGCCGUACCAAUUCACACUGCCAUAUCUGAAAAAUAAUUACGUAUUUUUGUUAUUUUUAUUUGCCGUGCUACUAGUCAAUGCUGCACUUUUCGUAUCCAGAGCUAUAGAGUAUAGAGGUUCGAAUUGGUACACCAUUUUUGCUAGAGCCUGUGGACAGUGUUUGAACUUCAACUGUGCUUUCAUACUGGUACUGAUGUUGAGGCAUACGAUAACCUUUCUCAGGACAAGAGGAUUCAGCGCGAUACUACCGCUGGAUAAUCAUAUUUACUUCCACAAGCUAACAGGAGUUCUUGUAUUUGGAUAUAGCUUACUCCAUACCGUCAUGCACGUAUGCAAUUUCUCAAUGGUAGUCGUCAACAGCCCUGUUCUCAAUGCCCGCAAUUAUACUGCCUCCGAAUGGUUGUUCACCAGCAAACCAGGUCUUUUUGGACUAAUCGGAGGCCUGGCCAACCCUACUGGAUUCGCACUGCUGCUGAUACUUUGUAUUAUGUUCGUGUGUUCGCAACCUUUUGUUCGCAGAGGUGGGUGCUUCGAGGUCUUUUACUACACGCAUCUGCUGUAUGUUCCAUUUUGGAUACUGCUGAUCCUGCACGGACCGAAUUUUUGGAAAUGGUUCGUCUUUCCAGGAGUAGCUUUUGGACUGGAGAGAGCCUAUAGGUCUUUAUUCAUCGUAACGGAAAGAGGCAAAACUUACAUAAGCUCUGGCAUUUUGCUACCGUCGAGGGUAACUCACUUGGUUAUAAAAAGACCUCCACAUCUGGACUUUCAUGCAGGAGACUACGUGUUUGUGAGCAUUCCUGCAAUUGCAAAAUACGAAUGGCAUCCUUUCACACUAAGUAGUGCUCCAGAACAGGAUGAUUACAUGUGGCUCCACAUAAGAGGAGUUGGACAGUGGACGAACAAGCUAUACGAGUAUUUCGAAAAGGAGCAGGAAAAACUUCAUAACGGAGAAAUAGAACCGGUGCCCUGUUGCAGUAAGCCUAAAAAACGAGUUUCUAAUGGAAGUAUAGAGAGGAAUGGCCAAAGCGCUUUGAGGAAAAUUCAGUCUUCUAUAAGACGAACCUUAUCGAAACGAGAUAAAAAUAAGCAAGGUGCAGUCCAAUUGGUUGGAUUUUCUAAUGAAAACUAUCAAAACGAUGCAUCUGAAGACGAGACUGAUAAAGGAACUGAAAGCUUUCCAGGUGAGGCAAAGAUGCCAGAUGAACGUAACAUACACAAGCUGAUCUUUUCUAACAAAGCUCCGUUAGAGAAGUCACUGUCCGUUCCAGACAUGCAAACGAAAGAAAAGAAACGAGAAAGGAACUUAGUGUUACGCGAAUACAUGAGAUCGGAGUCCGAAAAGAGCUUCAACACUUCGCAAAUACGAAAAGCUAGGAUGCAGUCAUUAGGACUUGCCUACCUGAGUCCCCAGAACAAAAGUCUAGCUCAAAGUUUCAGGUAUAUGAGGAACAAGCCGACCAUAAUAGCUUUCAAAACUCCAAGUUUAGAGAAUUGCGAGCAACGUCAGUCCAGUAGCUCGUUUGGUAGUGUUGCACAAGUCCACGCAAAUCAACAGAGGCAAGCAGAAGAGGGAAGAAUAAGAUCCCGAUGUAACGAAAGCAGUUUUUCUCCAUCAUCUCUGCAGCCUGUCAACUACCCUGUUGGAAAGCCUUUAGAGACUAAGAGUAACCGGAUGAAGAACUGGAAGGGUAAAACAUGUGAAGACAUCAAGAUAAAGAUAUCUGAGCACCAAGGGACAGAGAUAUACAUUGACGGACCUUACGGAGCUCCGUCAAGUCACAUAUUCCGGGCCCAGCAUGCAGUGCUCAUAGCGACAGGGAUUGGAGUUACACCGUUUGCGUCCAUUUUGCAGUCGAUCAUGCACAAAUACUGGAAAGCCAGACACACUUGUCCACGCUGCACGUAUUCCUGGUCCAGUGAGAUUCCUGCUACUGUUAUGAAUCUAAGAAAGGUGGACUUCUUCUGGAUCAACAGAGAUCAGAGAUCUUUCGAGUGGUUCGUCAAUUUGCUAUCUCAGCUGGAGAUAGAACAAGCAGAACUGGGCGGUGCUAUGGAAAGAUUUUUAGAAAUGCAUAUGUAUAUUACUAGUGCACUUCAGAAGACAGACAUGAAAGCUGUGGGGCUACAGCUAGCCCUUGAUCUAUUACAUGAAAAAGAAAAAAGAGAUUUGAUAACAGGAUUGAAAACAAGAACAAAUGCAGGGCGUCCAAAUUGGGAUAAAGUGUUCAAGCAAAUCGCAGACCAGAAGAAGGGAAAGGUCACGAUAUUCUUUUGCGGACCACCCAACUUGGCAAGAAUCCUGAGGGUAAAAUCGGACCAGUAUGGUUUUAAUUUCAGGAAAGAAGUUUUUUAGCAGAUGUUGUACAUGGACUUCAUAUUGUAUAGCCAUUCUUGUAUAAACAUAAGUAUUUUUGUUACCGUUUUUGUAUAGUAUUUAUUUUGGUAUCGAAUUUGUAAUAUUGAAUACUUGAUUGUAUGUUAGUAGAAAAUGUGUAUGGCAGCGUCUUCUUGCUCUGUAGUUUGAUCUUGAAAUUAAAUAAUAAA